AUGGCUAAAACAAAUAAGAAGCGCACAGGAAAGUCUCCUGGUAAAAGAAGCGAUACUUCACAUUGUCUUGUCGAUCCUCCAGCCUGUGAUAUUCAGAAUGAGGAUGACGAUUGGGUUAUAGUUAAAAAGCAGAAAGUCAUCAUUCUGGUACCUGCUACACCUCGUAGUGAAAAAUCCUCAACAGAAAAUGAAGAGCCGAAUCACAUGCACCCUAUGCCUCCUGUAACGUCAAAUAACCAUGAGGAACUUUCCGUGGAGACACAUAAUGAAAAUCCUUCUUGUGAUGAACAAGAGAAGACCAUUUCAUUGGCUGGCCAAACAGAGAUUCGUACUGAGACCAAAGCUCCUUCUCCCUUAUUACUUAAAUCACCUUCAACCAAUUCACCACGGGUAGAUCAAAAAGUAGAAUCAGAAAAUCCACAUGAAGUCAGUAGUUUGAAGUCCCACAGGUUAGUUGGACUAUCUAAUACAUCAAAAGCUAUUAAGCAGGCCAGAACGUUACUUGCACCAAGAAGGUCCUCCAACUUGGGCACUUUGAAUCGAGGUCUGAGAGCAUCAAAUCUCGAGAGAAAGCUCGAAAGAGCUGGUGGGUUGAACAAGUGGCUGACAUCACUUGGAUUGGAUCAGUUUGUGAGAAUGUUCCAAGGGAAGAUUAUCAGUAAGUAUCAGCUUGUGAAUCUAACCAUGAACAAACUAAAGGAUAUGGGUGCCAAUGCGGUGGGACCUCGCAGGAAGCUGAUCCACGCCAUGGACUGUGUUUGUCAACCAUAUUGCUUUGAGGCGUUAUAG